AGAGAGUGAGAGAGGAGGCUGAAGUAUAACUAGUGGAAGAACAGAAAGAGACCUACACAUCACACCACAGAGAGACGAGGGAGUAAGCAUCCAGAGAAAGAAGGAGAAAGAGUGGGAGGCAAACAAAGAGUGGGAAGAAGGCAACCAUGCUGAGGAGGAAGAGGAGCGUGUCCUUCGGAGGAUUUGGAUGGAUUGACAAAUCUAGCAUUACCGCGCUUCGAACCCGGAAGCAGGAGAUGCUGACCAUCUCGAGUGUUCCCCUGGCAGACUGCCCUCCAUCUCCACCAAGAACUGCUCCUGCUGCCUUGAAGUCUACACCAUUUUUUGACUCGCUAGAAAAGAUGGAGCAGGUGUCUGAGGUGGAUGAGAUGAGGCCAGGCCCACAGAGAGUAAAGGAUAACUAUGUUUCAUACCCGAGUAUAGAAAAGGUGCUCCAGGAUGGCCCACCGUAUCCUCAGGUGAUCCUUCCACAGCUUGGAGGUUACUGGAUCGAAGACCCUGAGAAUCCAGGCAUCACACCAAAUUCUGGAGAAAGCAGUUGGUAUCCUGAGGAGGAUGAAGAAGGUGCAAACUCAGGGGGAGAUUUUGGAUAUCGACUGGAGAGUAACUAUGGCAUACGAGCCUACCGCAAGCACUUUCUGGGCAGAGAACACCUUGACUUCUACUGCACAGCCAGCAACCAUGGCAACGUUGUCCUGUCCCUCCGGCAUGAAGAAACAAAGGAUCAGGAGCAUCUGCACAUCAUUUUGAGGACUCCAGCAAAGACAAUCUAUGACAGGAUUUUGGUCACAGGUUUGCGUAAACUCCCCAGCGUCCCUCAGUUAGCCAAGCUGCUUUGUGAAGAUAUUUUCGGCUUGAAGUUCAGUCCUGUGUUGUACCCUAAAGGAUCUCAGUUAAUACUGAACUAUGAUGAACAUGAGCUGAACAACACUUUCAAGUUCGGUGUCAUCUACCAGAAGUUCGGUCAGACGUCAGAAGAGGAGCUGUUUGGAAACAAUGAGGAAACACCAGCUUUCACAGAGUUCCUCCAAGUGCUGGGAGACUGUGUGGAGCUGCAGGAUUUUAAAGGUUUUCGAGGUGGGCUGGAUGUUCGUAACGGGCAAACAGGCUCACAGUCAGUCUACACUGUUUUCAAAGGGCAGGAGCUCAUGUUCCACGUCUUGACCAAGUUACCCUUCAUAGAAGGGGACAUGCAACAGGUUCAAAGGAAGAGACAUAUAGGAAAUGACAUCGUGGCAACGGUUUUCCAAGAAGAGGCCACACCGUUUGUGCCUGACAUGAUCGCAUCCAACUUUCUUCACGCCUAUAUCCUGGUCCAGGUAGAGAAUCCGGGUACAGACGACACCACGUACAAGGUCUCUGUCACAGCAAGAGAUGAUGUGCCACAAUUCGGUCCUCCGCUCCCAAAUCCACCGGUCUUCAGAAAGGGCCCAGAAUUCAGAGAGUUCUUGCUGACUAAGCUGAUCAAUGCAGAGCUAGCCUGCUACCGCUCAGAUCGAUUUGCCAAGCUUGAGGAGAGAACGCGAACAGCAUUGCUGGACAGCCUCCAUAAUGAAUUGCACAAACAGACUCAGGCGCUUCUGGGUCAACCACUCAGCAGUGAUGAGGAGCGAAUGGAAAAUGGAAGCCAUGGGGGAAUACUGGAGUCUAUCAAGCGAGCAAUGCGUGUGCGUAGUCACUCAAUGGAGACGAUGACAAGCUCUCAGAAGCAUGGCCGCUCUGCAGGGGGAGGAGGGGUGCCCACCAGUCUGAGUGGAGCGGGUCUCACCCAUAGCAGCCCUGAGUGCAAUAGGAAGUCGGGCUCAGUAUCAUCUACAGCCAAGUCUCCUCUGAAGAGCCCGGUGAAGAGACGCUCAUGUCUUUUCCCUCGGCUGCACACUAGCAUGGACGGACAGAGCGAACGUCCAACACGCAGUAUGCUCUGUGAACAGAGGAGUCUAGACAACGGUCACCUCUCGCAAGAGGUUAAAUCAGAGACCUCAUCAAACCCCAGUUCUCCAGAGAUCUGCUUGAGUAAAGACAGACCAACUCUGAAGCUCCAGGAGUGCACUCGAAGCCCAGAAAUCUCUCGCUCUCCAUCCAGCACAAGCAGCUUCAGUAGUGUGGCUGGAGAUACGGACACCCUUGAGGAAGGAGACCCUGUUUCCCCCAGUUUAUCACCCAUGUGUGGCUCCUCUCUCGGUGUGGAGGGUCAAAGUGUAGGAACUCCUGUUAUCAUGUGCCGCAGUCCCACAGAGUUCAAGAAUAAGAAUUCUCCCAGAUCCAGCCUGAGGUUCCGCUUCGACAAGUUGACCCACUCAACACCUGGGCACUAGUGACCAGACAAUGAAGAGAGACCAGGAGCACUGUGUGAGCCAAACAUGAGCUGUGGAAUAAGACAAAAUACUGAGGAAGAGGGACACUGGAUUUGAAUGAUUGCUAAAGCGUGACCUGCCUCCAAGAUGGCAUGAGUGGCAUGAGUCAUGUGAUCACUUACAUGUUAUAUACACAAAUAACACAACGUUAUUAGAGCUUAGCAGGUUUAUCCACCACUGAUCCUGUUGACCUGGAAUAUUCUGCUUAUGCUUUUGAUGAAGUUUUUCACAACAAAGGCUUGUGAUGAGUUCCUAGGAUGAUGCUAGAGCUUUUUUUUUUUUUUUUAAUAGCAAUAGAUAUCAUCUGUUGAGACAGAACAGUGAACGUUAUGCAGGACAUCAUAGCUGCAACAUAUUUAAUUCAAAACAACAAAGUAUUCCAGACACCUAAUAUUUCUGUUCAUGGUUUAUAUUUCGCACAUUGUGCUUUAUUGCCUUUGACAUUUCAGCUGAAUGAGAUUAGAGCCCCUUUACUGCCCCUCAAAUCUGUUAUUAUGGUUGGUAAAAACCAUGCAAGCCUAUGAAAAGCAGAUGAAGUAACUUGUUGCAGGAUUUCACAACCUUUUUGCAGCCUGGGUUUCCUUUGUGUGUGAACAAAACUCAGACACCCUUAUCAUUUCAGCACAGAUUAUUAUUUUUUAUAGCAUUAUCCUACUAUACAAAUAUUUAAGAGCAUUAUGACAAAUAUGAUAAAAAUAUAGCAAAUAUGAGCCAUUUUAUUUAUUUAUUUAUAGAGAUUUAUUGAGAGAUUUUCAUUCCUGAACUUUCCCCCAAAGAACUCACACCAGUUGCACUGUGUCAGAAUAUUGAUUUUGUAUCAUUACAAUACUUUUCUUAGUUUUAGUUAAGAA